AUGAGGGAGUGUUGUGCCUCCGAAGUCGUCGUUGCGAAUUACGCACCCGACCUGGUCGCCGGCUUCCCCAGCCGAAGGGGUUACCUCUUUAUGUGCAACUUUUCCGACCGCAAGGUCAUGUAUCGCACCGGCGUUAACAAUGUGGGGAUGGCGAGCAUUCUCAAUUGCGUCUACAGAUCCAGCAACGGCUCGCGCAGCUUUGAGCUGGACAUCAACUGCAUGCCCAUGCUCAAAAGCGGAAGCGAACCGAGGUGGUUGUCUGCGUGUGGCUUGGUGACCGUCUCACUGGUAGUCUUUGCUUUGUUGGUGGCAUAG